CGGUUCCCGGUCUGGCCGAUGGCGGCGGUAGAGCAAGCGGCCUCGACCUCGGGCCGUUAACAACCGUCGCCGACUUAACCUACCUCACCUACAUCACUCACUCUUGGACCUGGAGAGGGCAGUUGAAUUGCCAUCACCACAAAUCAAUCACACCCUCACGAUGCUUCCGACCGCGAAACGAGUGCUGGCACAGAGGGCCACUGGCCUCAUGGCGCGCGCGCACGCCUACAGCCUCGGCGCACAACGGCAGCGCCUGCAAUCCACAUUGGCAAUCCUCGAACAGAAGGAUGGUGUACUCAACCACAGCUCGCUGAGCGCCUUCACAGCUGCGAAGAAGUUGGGUGGACCAGUACACGGGUUUAUCGCUGGCAACAACAUCAAGCCUGUGGCUGAGGAGAUUGCCAAAGCUGAGGGCGUCGAAAAGAUUAUUGCUGUCGAUAACAGUGCAUAUGAGAAGGGUCUCCCCGAGAGCUAUGCUCCCCUCUUGGUUGAGAAUAUCAAGAAAGGCGGUUACACACACGUCAUCGCAGGCCACACUGCAUUCGGCAAGAGUGUCAUGCCUCGAGUGGCCGCUCUGCUCGAUUCGCAGCAGAUCUCAGAUAUCACAGCAAUUGAGAACGAGAACACAUUCGUCCGUCCCAUCUACGCCGGUAAUGCGAUCGCCACCGUUGAGUCUUCAGACUCUGUCAAGGUCAUCACCAUUCGAGGAACUGCCUUCGCUGCUGGUCCCCUAGAAGGAGGUUCCGCCACCGUUGAGGAUGGAGUUGACUCCAAGCCCGAGUCACCUACCGAGUGGGUGUCGGAAGAUUUGGCCAAGUCAGACCGUCCUGAUCUUUCGACUGCAAGCCGCGUCGUGUCCGGAGGGCGUGGUCUCAAGUCCAAGGAGGAGUUCGACAAGGUCAUGCUUCCCCUCGCUGAUGCCCUUGGUGCUGCUGUCGGUGCCUCUCGUGCUGCUGUUGACAGUGGCUAUGCCGAUAACAGUCUGCAGGUGGGUCAAACAGGCAAGGUUGUUGCUCCUCAGUUGUACAUGGCCGUGGGCAUCUCGGGUGCGAUUCAACAUCUUGCAGGUAUGAAGGAUAGCAAGGUCAUUGCUGCGAUUAACAAGGAUCCCGAUGCUCCCAUCUUCCAGGUUGCCGAUGUCGGUCUGGUUGGUGACUUAUUCGAAAAGGUACCUGAGCUGACUGAGAAGGUCAAGAGCUCCUAAGCAUCUAGGUGUACAGGGUGUGAAGUACAGAGUGAUGUAAUAUACAAACAGUUAAAGUGCCCGUCUCUGGUAUCAUUCGAGGACAGUCAACAUUUCAUCCGUGCUCGUGAACUUUUCUCUCUCUUUUCCAUUCUUUUGCCCACGCUCUCGUUCUGCGCGGUCAAUCUGCCUCCAGUCGUCCCACGCAACGGCUCGACAUGUUGAUGGCCCAGCGUCGUGUCUCAGGCCCUCCCACCCUGUCACACUGUCAUGAUUUGAAGCGUUGAGAAAGCGACCGCCUGAUAGCCAGUCGUGAACAAUCGCAUCACCCGUCGUGAAGGCGUCCUGCAUAGUAGAUGCGAUCACUCCGGUCGGACCGUUCUUGACCCAACCGGCGCAGUAUACUCCGGGGACCCUCUCAUUGUGAGCACCUCCAGCAUGCGUAUCAGAAACCAUCCUCGUCACUCUACCAAGGCCAUCGUUGUCGACAACGCCGCGACGAUCGUCAAAUUGAAUACCGAUUUCAGCAAACCCAGGCAGAGCUACGGAUUUGUAUCCAACCGAGCGGAAGACAACAUCAGAUGGCAGGAUAGUGGUCUUGCCAGUGGCUUUGACAGAUGACUUGGGGUCAAAUGGUGCUGCGAGUUCUGUAAUGUCGAAUUCAGUACUUGCCACCUUGGAGGGUGCAUCCUGGUUUCCAAGAA